AUGUCUGGAAAGACGAGUUUGGUUCAAGGGCCACCUUCCUUCCCCUACAUCCCGGGCGGCGACCUCUGCGGUACCGUCGUGGAAGUGAGCAAGGAAGAGACACAGUUCAAAGCGGGAGACUCCGUCGUCGCCAUGUUUGAUACAGCCGGACCCCGCGGCGGCCUUGCUGAGUACAAGUUGGUGAAGGCUGCCAAUGCUGCUUUAAAGCCAUCGACGAUCAGCGCAGAGGAUGCAGCAGCGCUGCCAUCGAGCGCCCUCACGGCCAUGCUGUUGUGUGAGAGGCAUGUCUGCAAGGGGGACAGAGUGUUGGUCCUUGGUGGCGGUGGGGGCGUGGGCUGCCACCUCGUGCAGUUGUUGAAGCUUCAUGGAGCGAGCUUCGUGGCCGCCACUUCAACGCAGAAGGAGUUGCUGAUUGGGCUGGGUGUGGACCGGGUGAUCGACCGCACGGAGGAGAAUUGGUGGGAGGUCCCGGAGUUCAAAGAAGCUCCAUUUGACUUGGUUGUAGACCUCUUUGGGACGCGCGAGCCUUGGGAGCGUGCCGUGAGCUCUGGUGUGGUGAAGUCCGGGCGACUGGGUGGCCGCUACGUGACAACAGUGGGCGACACACCGUACAUGGUCUUCCGCCAUUGGUGGCACAUCUUCAAACUCAUGUAUGACAUGACCGCUCGUGGCCUCUGGACGCGACUCUUCCGCUCAAACCCACGCUGGAUCUACCACUUGGGCCUUGAGCCGCAGGACCUGGCGCGGCUCCUGCGCCGGGCCGAGACCGGCGAGCUGCGAGCAGUGCGAGAUUCGACUCAUGACUUCAGCCUGCCAAGCUUGCAGGAGGCGUUCCGAAUUCAAAAGAGCCGCCGAGCCCAUGGCAAGGUGGUGAUCGUAGUUUCAAAGGCAUAG